CUCAUGUGAGGUGUUCCACAUAUGCACAUCGCCUUAGUCCGUUCACAGUCGUACCUUCUGAGUGGACAAAACGCUUUCCGUCAUGUUAGCCUUCGCCCUCUGGCUGCUUUUAUUGCCGCUCUGCGGUGCGGUCUACAGUGGACCUUUGCAGCCUGAAAUGACCAACGGGACCUUUCACCACUUCUUCGUCCCGGACGGCGAUUACGACGAGACCGAGGACCUGGAGAAAUGCCAGAUGCUCUUCAAAUGGAUCGACCGCAGGCCGUGUCCUCUAGAGGAGGAUCAGGACACGAUCGUCCGAGAGGAUUUUAUCAUAAUUAAACAACAGAUCGAAGACGCAGCGCGCGUUUUGGAGAGUCUCGGGAUGAGUAUUUCCUUAGAUUUGGACGGCGAGGACAGCUAUGGGAAAUACCUGAAGAGAGAGAUUGUGCAGAUCAAUGAGGCUUUUACAAAUGUAGAGAAAUCGUUACUGGAGCUGGAGAUCAAAUUCAAGCAAAGUCUGGAGACCGAACAACGAGAAGAGCACGAGUUCACCAAUAACUUCAUCAACCCAAUGUAUGAUGUGGUCGACACUCUGCAGAACACUCUGGACAUCUCAUCUGGACUCAAACAUAAACAUGAACUCAUAUCUCUGAUCAUCAGGAGCCAUGGAUCGAGGUUAAGCCGCCUCAAAAACGAGUACCUCAAUGUUUAGACUCGCAUAAGCUGGUAUUAGUAUUAGUCUCAGACUACAGUCCAAGUUGGAUUGUUAUUUUAGCAGUGGAAACUAUGGGUAGCCAACGUUUUGCCACUUUUGAAAGCAUUUGGUGGAGGAUAGUUUGCAUAUGGGUUAGUAAAGUCUUGAAAAAGAAAAGUUCUUCAAUAGUAGAACAUUUUUUUUUCCCUGUUUAGGGUUGAGUUGAAUUUUUGGUUCUUUGGAGAUUGAAGGAAUAUUCCGGGUUCAAUACUGGUUAAACUCAAUCUACAGCAUUUGUGGUGUAAUGUACCACUAAAAUGAAUUUAUUCAAAAAUCACGGUUACAGUAAGCACUUACAAUGGAAGAGAAUGGGGCCAAUCCGUUAAAAUAACAUAAAAUUACUCGCUGUUUCAAAAGUACAGCUACAAAGUGUAGAGAGUAUACGUAGCGUAUAAUAUUAGAUAGGCUAUAUAACUUUACACAGAAAAGGUUAGUAAGUGAUUUUAUCACACUAAAAUCAUGUUAGCAUGUAUAAUGAUUACAUCUUGUGAUUAUACUUUUGAAUAUGAAUGUUUAUGGACUGGCCCCAUUCACUUCCAUUGUAAGUGCCUUACUGUAACUGUGAUGUUUGCUCUUUUAAAAUAUCUUUUAAUGAUUUUUUUGUGGUAAUCAACAUUAUGUUACAAAUGCUGCCGAUUGAGCUUAACUUGUAAUGAACCCAGAACAUUCCUUUAAAAAAAGUUAUUGAUGUUUCAUCAAAGGUUCUUCAGAUCAGUUUUGGGGUUUCUGGGUUCUGCACCAGUACAUAGAAGAUUUUCAGAAGAAUGUUAACGAAAACAUUCUUUUUGGAACUUUGUAAAUGUUCUCCAAUGACACAAGACACAGUAAAACCCUUUUUGGUUCUAUUUGGAACCUUUAUUUUGAGUGAAGAGCUCAAGUCAUAUAAUAGGAGGUUUUUUUGGGACCUAUGUAUAACAACCCCCCAUAAAACCCAAUAACCCCCAAAAUAUCUUUUUCCCCUUAAUAUUGCAAAUAUAGUGUUCUGUAGAGCUAAGGUGUGUAAUUUUUGUGGCACUAGUGUCACUGAAUUAGAUUUUCGAAUACACCCACCCUCUUCUAUUGUUCAUGAAACAGAUAGAGCCCGCCCCAAACUCAUGAAAUUGGUCAAUAGCUGGAUGUUCAUCCACAUUUUUAUGCACAUUUUGGGAUGUCGCAUAAAAAUUGCUGGAUGGAAACACCAAGAUGCAAAUAAAACCUCCAAAAUGCCCAUAAAAAACAUAUACAUUUGGUGGAUACAUUUUUUAUUCGAUAAGAAGAAAUGUGCAUAAACUAUGAUGGAAACACAUUUACCAAAUAAACUCCAAUUUAAUUUAUUAGGAAAUGUAUUUAUCAAAAAAUCAUGUGACUAAAUAACUCAUUCAUAACUGGACUAACCAGAGGACCAAUCAUCGCAUCUGAAAUGUUGCUCUGGUCAUCCUGAAAUAAUGUUGUCCUGAAAAUCCAAUGCCUGCGUAGAGUCCACUGUGCAAAUAAGUAGAAUAAAAACUUGAACUGUGCCGAAGAGCAGGUUUAUUGAUACUUUUGAAAAAUAGAUUAUAGACCCGCACGGCAAAGACAUAAGAAAGGAGGAACGCACACACAUUGUGCUCUCAGAACUGUGUGAUGCGCUGUUGUUCCCAGACAGGAGACAAAGUUCUUUACAGUGUUUUAUCUGUGUGCUCUAAACCACCAGUAUUUUAUUAAAAAAACACUCACAGUGGCUACAAUUUCUCCAGAAGUGACAGUUUUGUUCUUUUGAACAUAUGGGAUGGAAACGUGGCUUUAUUCGCACAUUGUUUUUGAUAUACUUUGGUUUUUCACAUUUAAAUCAGGGCUGUAAGCAACAUAGACAUUGAGGGAGACAUGUACCCCCCAAUAUUCAUAACAGUGGUCUACUGAUGGGCUUCAUGGGCUGCUUAAACAGACAGAGCAAUUUUGGAAAUCAGUAGGGUUGCCAACUGUUCCGUAUUAGCUGUGACAUCCCGUAUUUUGGCUGAAAUGAAGACAUCUCGUAGGGGACGCCUAUUGUCCUGUAAUUUAGUGGCGAGACACUCGAAAACGCUCAAGGGGGAAUGGUUGGACCUCACAAUAUCCCAUAUUUAAUCAAUUAAAGCCUCAAAGCGGGAUACCUCCCCAAGUCGAAAAUAUUGAUAUUAUCAAGUAAAUAUUAUGAUCAACUGCUUCAUAGUAUACCAGCUAAAGUAAUUUUAUGGUUAAGGUCAUGUAAAAGUAUCUCCUUGUGGUAACAACUGCACGUUUUCACUUUUUACAGUUUAGCUACUCUCAGUUUAAAUAUCACACAAAACCUUAUAUGAAUAACUGACGUCAGUGUCUCUUCAGAAGCAGUCGUUUCUGUAAUCAGUCUUCAGUAGGCUGCUCUUUCUCAGCAGUCUUCAUAAUGCUUUCAUUUAUGGAUGAUUAAAGUUUGAGGAAGUCUGAGGAGUGGCGGUUACAGAUUUCUGGUGGAGAUUUGGCAUUUCCUGUGCCAUUAGAACAGAAUGUCUCUUUCUCUCUCUGCCAUGUGGAAGAGUAAUCAAAGCUUGCAGCAAUAUGUAAAGAAACACAAUCUACCUUCCAAAUGCCAACCCAGGAUAAGCCACAGGGAUAUUUGCUGGUGACCAAUUUUAAUGUUAAACUCUAGAAGUCUAUCCAUUAAAAUAAAACUUGUGGCAAAAUUUCCCUUAGCAACAAUGAAACAUAUGCCAAAAGAUUUUUAUAAGAAAAGCACUACAUUUUAAUUUCUAACCAGAACAAUGAAGUACUUAUGGCUGUUUUCUACCCGUAAUCCCCUGGGGUGCGACUGUUUUCUUUUCACUCACAUUCAGAGUUUGAUUCUCACUGGAGGUUUUACCUCAAGGAUAGGAUGUCUUUACUAAUGGUUUAGUGCAUGGCCAGGUCUAAUAGGGGGCUGGGGGGUGGGGGGAAUUGGGCAUUGCCUCUUUAGAUUUUCCUUUUGUUUACUUAGAAACUUCUGACACCCCCAUCAGCAAUGUCAACUCAUAUGGAUCCAAUUUCAGUGGUUUAGUUGGAACAAUGUGAAAUGAGCAUCAAAAAACCAAAGUGUUCUUGAUGUUAAAGUAUCAAAGAUGCUGUUACUAGAUCUGUCUAUGUAGACAAUCUGUGGUUUGAUUGAUGUGUUGGUUUUGUUAGAUUUCCAAGUGAACAUCUCUUGUGGUUAAUGACAAACGACACCAAUGCUCAUUGCAGCUAAUGUGCCAACUGCUAUAAAUUACAUCACAAGAGAAAAAGGAGUCAUUAAAUUGUGUGCUUUUAAUAUGUGUGUUUAAUUAGUUAUCCUGUAUUUAUGAUGAUAGCUUUAUUUUAUGGCAAAUAUUAAAGAUUUAUUACAUUUCU